GAGGGGCAGAGACGAAGAGCUGUCCGCCUUGCACGUUUCCAAUCGCAUUACGUGAACAAAUAGUGGAGGGGCAGCAGGGCCAGAACAGCUUGUGUAACUUUGCAAACGUGCCAGAAAGUUUAAAAUCUCUCCUCCUUCCUUCACUCCAGACACUGCCCGCUCGCCGGGACCGCCGCGCCGCUCCCCGUGGCUUUCCAGAAGGACUGGGAAAGGGGAAAGACGGGUGCCACGUCCGAGGAGCUGCUCUGCCUGUCUAAAGGGUCUCCAGCCCACCGUUGGCACUGCUUUGUGGGUACUGAGAUAACGGCACUCUGUUCGCCUUCCUGUUUAAAGAUUUCUGCCUCCUUCGCGUGAUUUGAGUCCCGUUUUAACUUUUUCUGAGAGCCAAGAUCUCCUGUAGAGGAGACAAUCCGGUGAAGAUGCGCUUCGCCUGGACCAUGCUCCUCCUGGGGCCGCUGCAGCUCUGCCCGCUCCUGCGCUGCGCCCCGCAGGCCCCUGGUCAGCAGCAACCACCGCGUGAGCCACCGGCGGCUCCGGGAGCCUGGCGCCAGAGGAUCCAAUGGGAGAACAACGGGCAGGUGUUCAGCUUGCUGAGUCUGGGCUCACAGUACCAGCCGCAGCGCCGCCGGGGCCCCAGCGCCGCCGCCGCUGGAACAGACGGUGCCGCUGCACCGCAGCCGCGCACGCCGAUCCUGCUGCUCCGGGACAAUCGCACCGCCGCAGCACGGGCGCGAACCGCCAGCACGUCAGGGGUCGCCACAGGUCGCCCCAGGCCCGACGCCCGCCACUGGUUUCAAGCCGGCUAUUCAUCUUCUGGGACCCGCGACGCUGGCGCCUCGCGCGCAGGUAACCGGACGGAGCCAGAACAGCUCCCGGAGCUCAGUAACCUGCGGCCGCCCAGCCACGUGGACCGCAUGGUGGGCGACGACCCGUACAACAACCCCUACAAGUACUCUGACGACAACCCUUACUACAACUACUACGAUACGUAUGAGAGGCCCCGGCCUGGGAGCAGGUAUCGACCCGGAUACGGCACCGGCUAUUUUCAGUACGGUCUCCCGGACCUGGUGCCCGACCCUUACUACAUCCAAGCAUCCACAUACGUGCAGAAGAUGGCUAUGUACAACCUGAGAUGCGCUGCGGAAGAAAACUGUCUGGCCAGUUCAGCCUACAGAGCAGAUGUAAGAGAUUAUGAUCACAGGGUGCUGCUAAGAUUUCCCCAAAGAGUAAAAAACCAAGGAACAUCUGAUUUCUUACCAAGUCGUCCAAGAUAUUCCUGGGAAUGGCACAGUUGUCACCAACAUUACCACAGCAUGGACGAAUUCAGCCACUAUGAUCUGCUUGAUGCCAACACACAGAGGAGAGUGGCUGAAGGUCACAAAGCAAGUUUCUGUCUUGAGGACACAUCCUGUGACUAUGGCUACCACAGACGCUUUGCAUGUACAGCACACACACAGGGGUUGAGUCCUGGCUGUUAUGAUACCUAUGCUGCAGACAUUGACUGCCAGUGGAUUGACAUUACAGAUGUACAACCUGGAAACUACAUUCUAAAGGUAGAGGCCUUGGCAAAUAUGUAAUUUUUAAUUGAAAUU